AUGUUUUUAUGUUUCUUUUUUGUUUUUAGUGGCAGUCGCUCUUCUAAAACUUUUAAACCAAAGAAAAACAUCCCAGAGGGUUCUCACCAGUAUGAGCUCUUGAAACAUGCAGAAGCUACCCUUGGCAGUGGCAACCUCAGGAUGGCUGUCAUGCUUCCUGAGGGAGAAGAUCUGAAUGAGUGGGUUGCGGUUAACACAGUGGAUUUCUUCAAUCAGAUCAACAUGCUUUAUGGGACCAUCACAGACUUCUGUACAGAAGAGAGUUGUCCAGUCAUGUCAGCUGGACCAAAAUAUGAGUAUCAUUGGGCAGAUGGAACAAACAUAAAGAAACCUAUUAAGUGUUCUGCACCGAAGUAUAUUGAUUACCUGAUGACUUGGGUCCAGGAUCAGUUGGAUGAUGAGACAUUAUUUCCAUCAAAAAUUGGUGUUCCAUUCCCAAAGAACUUCAUGUCUGUGGCAAAAACUAUACUCAAACGUCUCUUUAGGGUUUAUGCUCACAUUUAUCAUCAACAUUUUGACCCUGUGAUCCAACUUCAGGAGGAAGCACAUCUCAAUACAUCUUUCAAGCACUUUAUAUUUUUUGUCCAGGAGUUCAACCUUAUUGAUAGAAGGGAACUUGCACCACUCCAAGAACUGAUUGAAAAGCUCACCUCAAAGGAUAGAUAAAAGAAGGCAGAGCUAUGCAAACUGUUCCUCAUAUGAAGCUGUGUGGAGUGUGUUUGGGAUGUUUAUCAUAUUUUAUCUGGUUUUAUAUUGGGUUUGGGUGUCUUGUUUGGGUUCCCUUUUCUUUAUUCUGAAUAUCUGAAAACAUACUCUAUUGGUAGAGAAAGCCAAGAACCAUUCUCUUCAUUUGAAAGGAGUUGAUUUUGUCUCAGAGGCUUACAGUAUUUUUUUAAAACAUGAUUUUAGAUGAGUUUUUAGUAAUACUGUGUGCUGGAAGAAAAUGCUGGUGGAUGGGAUUCUGUGUUGCAUAAAUCAUGGCGCAUUGUGAAGUCCCCAAGAGACUUGUUUUUAAGUGCCUUGGCAGGUUUACUUCUGAGAUGCAAAGCACAGACAAAACUGAACAGGGCUUGAAACAAUAUUAAGAUUACUAUCCAGGGCACUUAACUGGUGCAUGCUGUAAAAUAAUCUAUAAUAAAAGCCAUAGUUUACCUAAAUUGGUAUUCUCCAGCCUUUACUACAUUGAAGAAACAUAAUUUGUAAAGGUAUGCAUGUAAAACAUUAAAAAAUUAGUAUUUCUUAAUUAUUUUUGAUAUUGACAGUAAUAUAUUCUGUUCAACAAAUGCUUAAAGCUCUAUAUGCAGGUCUUUUUCCAUUCUUAGUAUCUGUGAUAUUGAAACUUGAGGAUGUUAAAAUGUAAUAUUUAUUGCAUUUUGGCUUCUUUCUACAUGUUAACUGCACUGUGGGUUUUAAACUUCAGGUUAUGUAUAGGAUUGCCAUCUUCAGAGGUGAUUCUGAACUGUGAGGUUUCUUAGCAAUUGCCAAAUGAGCCAUAAGUCUGCAGAAUAACCACUUACUUUGAAGAGUAGAAGAAGAGUGUGUAUGGGGAGUUAGGGAUGGAAUUAAAUAUGUGGAAUUAAAUUCUAGAAAGUCUUGUUUUAAAAUGCUUGAAUAGAAUGAUAAGAUUUUAAUCACUUAUAAACUGAGUCUUAGAGACUUCCUUUUAGGAAUCAACUUCCUUGAGAAGUUAAAAAUACAUUAUUGAUUUUUAGGUAAAGACAUUAAGCAUGGAUUUAAGGACCCUAUGGAAAACUGAUCACUUUUUUAGCAUUUCCAUUCAGUGAAUGGAGCUGGUAUUUCCUGUCAUUUUAAAAUGAUAUAUAGUACCUUCUUUGCAUAUUAUAGGCCCAGUUUGAAGCAUGUUGACUUCUGAUUUUUCUGUUGUGAAAGGAAUCUUUUUUUUUGCAGUGAUACCAGACAAUGAAAAUCUUAAAUUAGUAGUUAAAAUUUUAGUUGCCUGGACUUUCUAGUGAAUUAGUACUACCAAUAACAAGUUCAGAAACUUAGUUUUUAAAAAAUAAGUAGUAAUCUUUUCACUUCAGUUAUGUUCUUGAGAAAUACCCUUUCAGACUUGCAGUUUCAGUUUUAUCAUUUUUGAUAAAUUUGCUUUCUUCAGUUAGAUAUAUGUUCCAUUCCUUCACUUAGAAACAUGCUUGUAGAAUAAAGUGCUUGCUCUGAAUAGAUUAAAAAUGCUUAGUAGAAAAGAAAGUGAGUUUGUUUUUGUCAUUAAAAAGUAGACCACUGAGUGAUGCAGUUUAAUACUUUUACAAUUUGUUUUGUUUUGUUUUUUGUUGUUUUGUGUGUGUGUUUUUUUGUUUGUUUGUUUUGUACCAGAGAUU